AUGGAUUCCUCGAUGAGCCCAGAGAGCGCCUGGCGAAUCGGCCUGGUCCUGAUAGCAGCCACCGCCGUCUACACAAUCCUAUAUCGAGCACCCGGCAAAUCCCUCCUGAGCAGAGCAUCCCUACGCGGCCGCAGAGACUCAGCAGCGAGAACCCCACCGCGGUCAAUCUCCCCAGACAAUAAAGAAGCCAAGAGCGCCACGUCGCCGUCUACCUAUAACCAUGCCUUGCCGCCGCCGCGUAGGGAAGCGAUGCUCCAGUUGAAAGGAGCCCCUAUACGCUGGCGCGAGGUAGAAGAACCGGAAAUGCAGAAGAAUAUGUUGCCCAUGACUGCGGACUAUAGGAUCAGCCCUGGCAGGCUGUACACCCCGACUGGAUUCUCGGUAGAUGAUAUCAAGAAACUUGGAGACUUCCCCGACUAUGCGACCCUCAGUGGAGUCCCGUUGCCUAGUGCGUACCCUGAACAUGAUAUCGACAAGGCUAAGCCUCGACCAUAUCGACCGUUCCGAUGGGCUUAUCACCAGACCAUGUCACUAACGAAGCUGGAAACCGACUGGUGGAUCGAGCUCGAAAGCACAUACAAGAGCCGCAUUGCGCAGAGGAAAGAACUGUACGCCAAGAACGGCAAGGCCGUCCUCGACGCACUCCCCGGUUCCGAACUAGCGUGCAAAGAACUCAUGGAGAUGGUCCUGCAGUUUAUCUGUGCGCGGUACCCGCAGCACUUCACCCUGGUGGACAAGCGCAUCUUGAGGAACCACAUCCUCGGCACAGAGCAGGACCUGCAGGCGAAGCAUCCAUUAGAGAUUCUACUCGAGAACGUCCCCGAGGACUUCGCAAUUAUGCUGCGGGAUGACAAGACGGGCUUCUAUUUCCUGCGCGCGGCCGUGAUCUGCUCAGCUCUAGGGUGGAAUGUUGCCUCCAAGAUCGGCAAACAGUUGCAUCAGAUUCAUGCUCCGAUUCCGGACUACAAGGAGAAGAUGCAGUUCUCGAUGGAUCGCUUUUUUACCAAGAUGCCGGCUGAAAAGCCCAUUCAGCGCGGAUCAUGGGGCCUCGAGACGGGCGAGCCGCUGUACAUGCCCCCCGGUGACCCUCACGAAGCACUGCGGCUUUCUCAAGACCCCAAGCUCGGUAUUGAUGACUGCUCGUUGCGUGUGGACUGGCAGACUCUGCGGCGCCUGCCUCUGUCGGCUUCUAUCAUCUUCAACUUCAAGGCAGUUUUCACGCCGGUCACGGAGUUCCGUGAUGAGCCUGGUGUCCCUGCGCUGAUUACGAAGCUCCUGAAAGAAGGAAAGCAGAGCCUGUUGCAGUACAAGGGGACAUGGCAUGUGGAGCAUGUCGUCCUUCCCAAGAUGGAGGAGUGGGCAAGGGAACAAGAGGAGAACAAGAUGAUUCCGAAGGGCUGGGAGGUCGCUACUCUGGACGAGAGUCCGUGGUUUAGAGGUUGGGAGGAGAAGUGGCAUCGCCAACAAGGCUUCUAG